CAGGGAACGUGUUGAGGUCAUCUUUUAGUCGGGAUGGGGGAAGGGAUGUGGAAUAGAGACAGAUCCUUUGUUAAACUAUGAUCUUUUUCCCCCAAUUUCAACAAAUAUACUAAGUGAGGAUAGUUAAAGUUACUCUGCGUGUAGACAUAUAAGUUAAAGUUUCAUUGAAGAAAAACGGAACCGAAAAUCGCGCAACAUCUUUGGAAGUUGUAGCCUACUGAAUGGUGGCGGCUUUUGCGAAUGAUUCUUUACCUUCACUGAUUUUGCUGUUUUUUUUUUCUCCGAGGAGUUCUCUGACGGAGUUUCGGGAGGGCUCUGGGACCAUGCUGUGAUGUGAGUCAUCGGCAAGAAGCUGUCAGCGGCAAAAAAUCUGCUCUCCACCUCCCCCUCCCACCCCCCAGCCUGACAUCUGUGAAGAGAUAUGUUUACAUGGACCCCCUCUCAUCUGGAUGACACACAGUGACCCAUUGCCUCAGCGGGCCCUUCGACACACACCAAAUUUUUUCCUCAUCAAGAACAUCACUUUUCCUGUUCCACUGUGAGUGCUUUUUUUCAGUAGUGCCUUUCGCACCGCUGUACGCCCCAAGGCCAGAGCUAGAACCCGGGAGGGAGCCAGGACCGGAGCCAUGUGUCAUGUGAUCGUAACGUGCCGCUCCAUGCUGUGGACUCUGCUGAGCAUCGUGGUGGCGUUCGCCGAGCUCAUCGCCUUCAUGGGCCCCGACUGGCUGGUCAGUCCGCCCAGUGCGCCCAUCUCCACCAACGGGAGCUACCGCCUCUCGUCCAGGCCCCACCGCCCCACGCUGGGGCUGUACGCCCGCUGCCGGAAGGUGCCGUACCACCACCGCGACAUCCAGUGCGGUCCCUACGCCGCCCACUUCGGGGAGAUCGCCAGCGGCUUCUGGCAGGCCACGGUCAUCUUCCUGGCCGUGGCCAUCCUCAUACUGUCCGUGGUGGCGCUCUUCGCUGUCUUCAGCAUGUGUUUCCAGAGCAUCAUGAGGAAAAGCAUCUUCAACGUCUGUGGCCUGCUGCAGGGUAUUGCAGGUCUGUUCCUCAUCAUGGGUCUGAUGCUGUACCCGGCCGGCUGGGGCUGUGACAAGGUCAGGCAGUACUGCGGCGAGGACAGCUCGGCGUACCGAGUGGGCGACUGCUCGCUGGGCUGGGCCUUCUACGCGGCCAUCGGCGGCACCGUGCUCACGUUCUUCUGCGCCAUGUUCUCCGCCCAGGCCGAGAAAGCCACGUCGAGCGACAAGGUCCAGGACGAGAUCGAAGAGGGAAGAAGCCUUGUUUGUGUGCUGUGAAAAGAGAGGGAGAGAGAGAGAAGGAAAAAAAAACAACCCAGCCCAGCACAGCACAGCACAGCCUCGGCAUUACAAGGGCCAUGAUUUCAAAAGGGAUCGUAAAGUUGUCAUUUUACCACAUUAGAACCACUGUCAUCAACCCAGGACGCACAAGGCCAGCAUGUCAUUUUAGUGAGGUCAUGACAGUCUCCUCUUAAGCGGCCGGCAUGAAAGGAGGGAAUUUUAACCCACCCGUUUGUCCCCGGCUGGUAAAUUUGUCUAGGGUGAGGUAAAUACCAGCAUUCCUUUACACACCAGCCCUAUACUGUUUUACUUAGCAUGUAAUAGGCAUUUUAGGUAUGUAGUUAGACCAAACGAAAAACCAAGGACAUCACUACCACUUUUGUAUUACUGAAAGUAUACUAGAAAGGCCUUUGUUUGUUUUUGUGAAGAAAUGUAAUAGAUGAGGUGAAUGUACUUUGAGAAAAGAUAUCGAGUGGUGCUAAAAAAGCGCUAGAUGUGCAGAUAUCACAUGGCAUUUAAUGAAGAAUGAUCAAAAUCCUAGAGUGUCUUAGCCAGUAUGUCCCGUUGAUUACAAUGUUUCCAAGUCCAAUUCUAAUAACAAUUUUGUUUGCCUGGGACUCACGUAGAAAUCCUGGAAUGAGUACAACACAAGACAAAUGAGAAUGACUCACUUCGAAGACUUUGAAAAAGAAAUAGCGACAUACCACGCCGCUGCUUUGCAUGGCUUCAGUGUUUCGUUUACCCUUAUUUGGCUGUAGAUUCUGUAAUGGGGAAAAUCUACUGCCAGAGAAACAACAUAUUUUGAAUUACUGUAAUAUGUGCCUUGUAGCUUUGCCACUCUUUACAAAUAUGGAUCACGUGGAGACAGACGAGAGUGAGAACCGUGGUUAGCUCAGCAUCUAAGUCUGUACGUGUGUGGGAGACAAUCUGCUUUCACAUGGGGGUGGGGGGUGGGGGGCGGUUGUUCAACUGGGGGCAUGGCAGCUUGGUCACAUGUUCCCAUAAAUGGUGCAAUGGGAAACCCUCUCUCCAACACAUAUUUCACGUAUCGAUAAUGUUUACUUUCUCUUAUCUCGAGUUUACCGGUGCAACUGGACCCUGCAGAUGUUACCAAGCCGUUGGUAAAAAAAAAAGAAAAGAAAA